GUGACCACACAUAACAUAACAUAACGCAGUCCAAAGCACCACUUCCCUUCAAAUUGUAGCACUCUCUCAUAUCCAAUCCAAAAUCGAAGGGUGAAUCCGUCCAAACACACUGUCCCAUACAAUUCAAAUUUUGGAUCGUUGGUCGUUACUCACUUACUCCUCACGGGUCCCACCGCAACCAGACAAACAAAAUUACAAAAUCGAUGGCAGGUGAGGAAGAAGAGAUGAUGAUGAUGGAAGAGUCAGAAAUGGAAAUAGAGUCACAGGUGUUCGUUGCUCACGAGAUUGACUUGGAUUACGAGUUCGACGCAGUUCGAUUCUUCGAUUUCGGUGCACAAGAAACUCCCGCUCAAGCUCGCCAAGCCGAACUCUGGUUUCAUUCCGCCGGCAGCUAUCCUCCUUCUCCUUUUGUGGCGAAGUUAGUGGCGAGAGAGGACGACGUUAGGGAAUGCGCAACCACCGUUCACGCUGCCAAUUCUAAUGUUCCGUCCGGGAUUGGAUUUUCUCGCACCGUUUUUCACCAUGACGGUUCAAAAGGAGGGGGUGGGAGUGGGAACAUUUCUGCCUUGCUGAGUGGUGUUUCGCGGGAUGUUAAUAUGCAACUGUUACACGUAACCUCAGGAAUGACCUUUAGCAGUAAGACAAUUGGCGGCAAUUUGAAUUCUAAGGUUAAAUCUGCUGUGAUGAAGGGUUCAACACUAAUGAAACCUACUGCUAGUCUGUUGGCUAAGCAAAAUCGGCCCCAUCCAAUUGUUAGCUCAAGGUUUCAGAAACUACAAGAUCAUAACAAAAAAAUGAAUUCAUCUACCUCUUCCGGGAUAGAGUGUCAAGCUGCCAAACGGCAGAAAUUAGAAGGCGGUAGCUUGCACAAGGUUGGUGAUGUGAAGCAGCAAGUUAAUUUUGUCCACAAGGCACCUAAGAAGGUUGCAACUGUUGAUCAAAAUUCUGGACAUUCCAAGCUGAAGAUUACUAUCCCUAGAGAGCCUGACCUAGAAACGGCUCACAGAGCACAAAGGAUUAGACCUAAAAUUGCUGCAGAGGCAGAAGUUGUGACAGUGGCUGCCCCCAUAUUCAGAGCACGCCCGUUAAACAGAAAAAUUCUAAAUGCUCCUUCGUUGCCACUUCCCAAGAGGAGCACUCCACGAUUGCCAGAAUUUCAAGAAUUUCAUCUCAAGACACAAGAGAGGGCCAUGCAGCAUACAUCUGCGACUUCUACGUCCUCACUUCAUUGCAAUGAUUCUGAUAAGGAUUUGGACAAACAUAGAGCUGUUUCUGCUCAAGAAAAUAGAAUCAGGGAUUUGAGAAGGCCAUCUGCCAUGGGUGCUCCAAAGCAUGAUGGAUUGGAUUUUGCACAUAGUUUUAAAGCUCGUCCUCUUAAUAAGAAGAUUCUUUCAAGUAAAGGAGAUAUUGGUGUUUUCCGGAACAGAAAGCAGGAAACCACAGUGCCAAUGGAAUUCAAUUUCCAUACGGAAAAGAGGGUUCAGCAUAACCCACCAAUCGAACUCUUUAGCAAGAUGUCCCUAACAUCCGAAGUCCAGUCAAAUAAUGGAUCUCAGUUGAAACUGCUUCGGCAUUCCAGAGUGUUCAGAGAGGAUUCAAAAGAAAAUAUAAGAAGUUCUUUUCAUCUGGAUGUGAAGUGUAUAGGAAACACCUUUCGUAUUUGGGGGAAGGCAAAUUCACAGUGGGAGGGAAGGUUGCGACAGUGAAGCUGGUACUGUGUUGACAGCAAGGAGGAGCUUGGGAAUUCGAUGAUCGCAAUACAGACAAGGGCCAAUGUGCAACAUAGCUGAGAAAGUAUUUUCUCUGCCAGAGUUGAACUUCCAUGGCAACAUAGCUGAAUCUAACAGGCGCCUAACAACUUUUCUCAGAUUUUUUUUUAUUGGUACACAGAAUCUUAGAAAAUUACUGUUAGGACAGAAGUUAGCCUUCUAAAUUCUGCAUCACUUGUAUCUUGUACAACUCCCCCCGAUCAUAAUCCAAUAAUAAAAUCCUUAAUAGGCAAGUGUAUUAUACUUAACCUCCAUGCCUAUUUUCUGCA